GGUGGUGGCCGAAGGGGGUGGUGAAUGUUCUGAUUUGUAAAUAUGGUGAAUUUUCACGGAGACACACCCCCGGAGCGGACGUGACACUGACACGCCGAGGGAUGAAAGGACGGCCGAUUAUUAGCACGGCCGGAUUAGAGUCCCGCAGGAAGGGACCACGAGAUCUAGGGGUGGACAGGGUGAGAAACACCACACCGCCGUUAUCCCCGAGGUGAAUCGUUGGCGAUGAUAGGGGCCAAUUUGAGGUUCGGGAUCGGCGCCUCUGGUAACGUGUCGUCGAACGCAUCGAAGUCUUUCCAGUGUCACCCGGGCGGCGCCACCGAGGCGACAGUUAUAUUCAGCCUCGGCGCCCUCGGCAUGGGGGCGAACUUUCUUCUCAUGGCCCUCAUCCUGGCUAAACGACAGUUACGCAGGUGGUCGCAAGGAUUAUUGUUCCACCAAGCGAUGGUGGAUUGCGCUCGUGCCGCCAUUUUAUUGCCCCUUGGAUCGAGCAUUCUGAACUGUCAGCCGAUGACCAAGUGUUCCCUGGUCGAGACAGCGUUUCUGCUGUUGGUGACAGUCUCCACGGUGAACAUGCUGACAACGGUGCUGAACGACAGCCCGAUUUUUCCGGAAACCGACGAGGAGGCCGAUCUCACAGCGCCGUUGCUCAUGGACUCGCCUCAGUGCGUGCUAUUCGGGACGUUCAUGAUCUGGUUCGCGAGCAUCACGAUAAACCUUGGGCCGACGUUUUUGAGCGGGGCAUUGGCAGCGAACACCGAGACGGGGCACAACGCGCCGAGUUGCCCCCUGGUGCACGGCCCUUUCCGGCAUUACAUACUGAACGCCCUAUGGAUCGCUAUCAACAUCAUCUGCGUCGCCCUCACGCUGAUCCAUCUCAGGAAGCUGCACAAAGAUCUCACCAAGGCGAACGUCGAAGCGGUUAAAGUAGCACUGCUAACGAUUCUCGUGAAUACGACGGGCAAUCAGCAAACAAACGCGGUUCCUGAAAAUUCGGCCGCAUCCGCAAACGGUGGCACGCCCAAGAGAAGCGGAGCGGCGGAAGAGCACCGCAAAAUGAGGAACUACUUGAAGAGGAUGGAGCGCGAGGGUGUGCAGAGGGUGAAGAUGUUUCUGGUGAUAACAGCAGCCUACGGUAUCUUCUGGGGACCACUGUUCUUUGUCACCCUGGUGGAUCAUCCUGUCAUCGGGAAUCCGACCAGCUACGAGGUGACACUACAUAUCGCGUACAUCCACGCCUUCGUGAACCCGGUGCUGUUUCUGAGCCUGCACCGAGGGCUGCGCCAGGGCUUCUCCGAGUUCUUCUGCGGCUGUUGCGACAGCAUCGUCAGUUGGAUCCUAGGUCCGAGCAUCCCCGUGGACACGGUGCAACCACCCCGAUACCAAGAACCCAUCGAAGCCGUGCCCUCGCCCCCGGAGCCGCCCCUGGCGCAGCCGAACAGCUGUCCGGACCUCACCGACGUCGCACUCCUAAAACCGCCCCUACCGCCGACGGGCAAACAUUUACUGGACGACGCCAUGAUCAUACCGCCGGAUCCAUGGACGCUGGUCACAAGGUCGAAAGGUACAUCGACCGCUUACGAGUCGGACAGUAGUAGAAGAUCGAGCAUUUUGUUACCACCGUUGUUAAAUCACUCGAAAGUAAAUGUCAGUCCAACUAGCAGCGAUUCUCCUAGCGAAUAAACACUCCGUUUAGAGAUCGUGUUACCAUCCCCCCAUAACCAGGUUUUCCUUUUUCUGAUCGAACAACGGACGAAAUUCUGAAGAAUUUUAUUAACCAAGAACCGAUUUUUGUUUCAAUAGUUUUCUGUGCUUACAUGAAGAAAUUUUUGUUAGGACAAUGUUGUAGUCAGAUUUUGAAUUUGAGGGUUGAAUUUUAAAUUUGAAACUUGAAUCCCGAAUUUAGAAGUUGAAUUCUGAAUGCAGAAGGCGAAUCUUGAAUUUAACAGUAGAAUUUUUAAUUGAGAAGUUGAAUUUUGAAUUUCAAAAGUUGAGCUUUGAAUUCGGAAGCUAAAUCUUCAAUUUGUCUGAGUUUGAAAUAUAAAUUUUGAA